AUGGCGCAAAUAACCCACCUCUCAGACCUUACGCCCCCAUCCCUAGAACGAACCUGGCUCACAGCCCCCCACCCAACCCUCCCAAUAGUCGCAACCUGCAGCUCGGACAAGACCGUGCGAGUAUACUCGCUAACAAACUUCACCCUCCUCUCAGCAAUAACAGGUGGACACAAGCGCAGCGUCCGCACAGCAGCCUGGAAACCACACAUUACAGGCGAAUCCGUCCUAGCAACAGGCAGUUUCGACGCAACAGUGGGAAUCUGGCGACGAUGGGAUAGCUACGGACGGGAAGAUGGCAGCGGACUGAAAGCAGCCGGCACAACCAACCACGAUGACGACAAGUCAGAUGGCAACGCGGAAGAAGACGAAGAAGAAUGGCGCUUCGCCGUCCUCCUCGACGGCCACGACAGCGAAGUCAAAUCCGUCUCGUGGUCGCCGUCAGGCAUGUUACUGGCGACGUGCUCGCGCGACAAAUCAAUCUGGAUCUGGGAGGAUCUCGAUGACGGCGAUAACAACUUUGAAACGGUAGCUGUGAUGCAGGAGCAUGGCGGCGAUGUGAAGUGUGUAGCAUGGCAUCCGGUGGAAGAGUGUCUCGCGAGCGGGAGCUACGACGACACGAUCCGAUUGUGGCGGGAGGAUUUGGAUGAUUGGGGCCAGGUCGCUUGUAUCAAGGGCCAUUCGGGGACGGUGUGGUUCUUGGAUUGGGAGGGUGCUGAGAAUGUGCCGUCCUCGUCCUCUGCUCAUGUUGAUACUGCGCUGGCAUCACAAUGGCGUACCCAGACGGCCCUUUCAGGUCCGCGUCUUCUCUCUUGCUCGGACGACCGCAGUGUGCGGGUCUGGCGUCGCCAGCCGAAGGAAAGCCAGAUGGCGUCUCAGUCGUCUUCUGCGGUGACCGGGAUCCCGAGUAUCAUUCGACCCACUGGUACAGACGAGAUGUGGGAAGAGGAUGCUGUUCUCCCGCAUGCGCACGAGCUGGCUGUUUAUGCUGUUGCGUGGAGUAAGCGGAGUGGGCUUGUUGCAUCUACUGGAGCUGAUGGGCGGAUUGCGCUUUAUGAAGAGCGGUUCGUUGCUGAGAACCAGGAUCCGGAUGCUAUGGAUAUUGGGUCUGGAGAGGGAGUUUUGAAGACCGAGUGGGUGCUUAUUGCUGUCCAUGAUGGGGCGCAUGGCAUUUACGAAAUCAAUCAUUGUGCCUGGGCGAAGAGAGCAGAUCGUGGGUCUGAAUCUGGCGAGGAGGUGCUUGUUACGACGGCCGAUGAUGGAAGUGUCAAGAUUUGGACGGUGCAGAGGUAA